GCCCAGACGGCCCUUGAAGCUGCCGUAGUCGUCGCCCGAGAAAUUGAGCGCCAUGGCUAGCCGGCAGCGAACGGGGUCAUCGCGGCGGCAGCGGGGCAAGCCAGCGCGCCACGUAGGAACACCUGCGCGACAGCAUCACGGCCACUGACCUGGCUGCUCGCUCCGGGCUCGGGUCGCAGCAGCCGCCGCCGCGGUAUCGUGGGCCGCCCGGCGGACCGCGGGGCAACUGUUUACAGGGAUGGGCGUGCUAAGUCCGAGGGACUCGGCAGAUUACAUCGUCAAAAACGCCAGGGACGUUACCAUUGAUCAAGGCGGCAUUUGCAAGGUUGCAGAUGUUGUGCUGGACUGCUACAACAGAGGCCUUGUUGGGACACAUGCAUGGAGGGACCAUCCAUUGCAUCCAAAGGUUGCAGAUGACUCUGCGGCCCAGUGGAUUUUUCUUGUUGAUGCCUUAAACUUCAACUUCUGGUCAAAAGACGGUGCACAAAAGUAUGCGGUACGGUGGAAUGGCACACUGCACACUGGCUACUUUUCACUAUGUGCUGCUGUCGUUCGUGCUUUGGAGGAGGGUGUACCCCUUCUCAAUGCCGAGUUCUGCAGCAACAUUUCUUCGCAGCAAGUUGAGAAGAUAUUUCGAUCCGAUACAAAUGUGGACAUACCCCUGCUCAAGGAAAGGCACCAAGUUCUGCAAGAAUGGGGCCAUGUCUUGUCCAGUAUGUAUGAUGGAUCAUUUGCCAACUGCAUUCGAGAAUGUAAAAACAGCUGCCAAGCACUACUGAAGAAUGUUGUGGAAAACUUCACUUCAUUUCAAGAUGAAGGAACAUUUGAUGGUGUUAAAGUGUCGUUCUACAAGCGGGCUCAAAUACUUGUUGCCGACCUCUGGAGCUGCUUUGACGGAAAAGGCCUGGGCCAUUUUGAGGAUAUUGGCACGCUGACAGCAUUUGCCGACUACCGUGUGCCCCAAGUGCUCGCCUAUUUUGGAGCUUUACAAUACUCUACGCAGCUGUCUUCCUUGCUUACUGAAGGAUGCCUCUUGGAAAGUGGAAGCAGAGAAGAAAUGGAGAUCCGUGGGGCAACAAUCCAUGCAUGUGAGCUUGUUCGAGAGGAAUUGAGGAAAAAAAUGCAGGCAUCUGAAGAAAUCAACUCAAUACUGGUUGAUUACUGUCUCUGGGACUACCGCAGGAAACAUGCAAAUGAAGUUGAGCAUACACCUUUUCAUCGUGUUCGGUGCAUCUACUAUUGAACAUAAUGAGGAAUUGUGAUUAUGAUUGCCAUUUCUGGGAUUACCACCGGCAGGCUAAGUUUGGUAAUGUGCCUUUUGGCGGUGUGUGAUGGAUUUAACAGUAAAGGCAAUGGUAUGGCACUUUGUUGA